AUUAAAUAACAUAACAUUUUUUAUUUCUUACAAUUAUGUAUCUACAUAUCUAAUUUCUAGUUAGAUAACUAAUGAUGUAGAUGAAAUUAAUAAAGAGCAGAAAAAGAUAUUGUAUUUGCCUUAGUAUUCCAUUCUCUCUAUCUCAAUCUGCCAUUGGAAUAAAUACAGAGAUGUCGUGACCUUGGAUAUGAAUAAUUAAUCGCGACUACCAAGCAACCCAGGACGCCGGGUUUGAUUCCUGGGUUGGAUACCUACCUAGUUUCUAUACGGAGCCUGAAAUUAUGCCCGGUUUAUGGAAACUUUUCCUUUGUUACAAAGGAGUCAUAACAUAAUUCGUAGAAAAUUGGUGUUGUACUUAUUGAAUUUCAGGUCUGGUUUUAGAUGAAAAAAAAAAGUGUCUAGUGGGAAGGUAUCCGAAGUUGACGAAGUAUAGCGUAACACCAGAGACUAUAGACUUGCUCUUUAUCAAUGUGACGUUGACAUUUCUAUGAUAACAUUUUGUAAACAAAUACAAAAAUAUACGAAAUGUAAGUAAACAAAAAAUAAUCAAUUUUCUAAAGUAGUGCGAUGUCUGGCUCAUAUUUCAUGCUGAAAUUCUUGAAAAAUAUACGACUUAAGAAACAUCGUCAGUUACUGCAGGAAAAAAAUCCUUUUGAUAGUCGUGAUAAUGAUGUAAAAAUGAUCAGGACCGGUAAUAAAUGCAGAAUAUGUUUGAAAGAUGGUAUCAAACCAAUUUUUUCAUCAAAUAGUAACUUCAAUAUUGCAGAAGCAAUACGAACAUUUGGGGGCAUAGAAGUAAGUGAAAAUGAUGACUACCCAAAACAUUUAUGCACGACGUGCCAUAAUUUCCUUCAGAAUGCUUUGGCUUUUCGGAAAUCGGCUCAAGAAACUGAUACACUGCUCAGACAAAACACAGUUCUAGAUUCAGAAGAAGAAUCAGAUACAGUUAAUGGUGAUGCCGAUGAUAUCUUUGAACCAGAAAUACUUGAACAAAAACGUAACUCAUACACCUGCAAGCUAUGCAAUCUUAAUUUCAAAUCCUUUGAUGAAUUAUUAGCACAUAAACAAACAAAAAUUCACAAAAAAAUUCGUAUACAAUGCCCUUUGUGCUUCCGAUUAUUGACUGCUCAGUUAUAUAAAAAACAUUUAGCUAGGCACCAGUCAGCAUCGCAUCUAGUCUGUGAUAUCUGUGGCAAAUUGUAUCGUAAAGACAAUUUAGUCAGGCAUUUGCAGCUACACAGCUUUGAGCUGCCUUUUCAGUGCCAAGUUUGCCCAUACAGGGGACGAUUUAUGGAGUCCCUAAAGAUACAUAUGAGAACUCACACAGGUGACAAACCUUUUUCGUGUGAUAAAUGUGAAUUAAGAUUUUUAACUCGAAGCAAUUUGAACAGACAUCUAUUAACUCAUAAAAAAGAGAGGCCCUUUAAGUGCCCUGAAUGUGGAAGAGGGUUUUACACUAAAAGAGAUAUGGAUAUCCAUUUUAAGGCUGAUCAUGCUGGUCUUAAGGAUUUUGGAUGUACAAUGUGUGGUAAUAAGUAUGGAACCAGAAAGGCUCUUAUGCGACAUGAGCUGAGAGUUCAUAAGAGAGAUAAAAUGGCUAAGGGAAGAAUGCCAUUGUAUUUGCAAGCUGAGUAUCAGAAACCAGAUGAAGUUGUGGAGUGAAAAAUAAAAGUAAAACCUUAGUAGGUACUUAUUUUACUGAACACCUAUUUUACUUGUAGGUAGUUUGUUUCAGUAAUAUCAAAUGGUAGAUGAGUUGUAAGAUGAUACUUUUUGGUAUGUACCUAGUUGGCUAGAAGGAGUUUAACCCAUAAAUCCCCAAGCGGUCACCGGUGACCGCUUUCCACUAAUAUUACAUUACAUUAUAGACCUUAU